AUGCCGGGCAUGGAUCAGCGUGAGCUCGAGUCGCGCGUAAAGGCGCUGACCAAGGUGGUGGCCGCCAACGAGCCUCCGGAGAAUGCGCUGAAGCUGCUGGAGACGCUGAAGAAGGAUGCGUCACCGACAGAAGAGAUGCUGCGGGCCACGCGCGCAGGUGUUUUCGUCGGCAAGUUGCGGUCAAAUCCCAACAAAGAGAUUGCUCGAGCCGCCUCCGAACUGGUGAUCAAGUGGAAGAAGCUUGUCGAGCAAGAGAAGAACUCCAAGCUGCAAAAGGCGAAAAUGGGCUCACCAUCAGCUCCCGCGGCCGCAUCGCCGCCCAACCCAUCCAGCAACGCAUCCUCCACCGGCGGCGCCAAGAAGGCAUUCAAGGGCGAUCCUGAGAAGCGCAAGUUCGACACCGACGGCGUGAGCAUCAAGCGAACCGAGUCCAAUGUCCGUAACCAGUGCAUCGGCCUCAUCUACAACGGCCUAGCCUACCGAUCGAUCGAGUCCGAGACCGACGUCAUCGCCAGGGCCGUCGCCGUCGAGCACGCCGCAUUCACGCUCCUCAAGGGCGAGACCCCCGACUACAAAAAGAAAAUCCGGUCGUUAUUCACAAAUCUCAAGAAUAAGUCGAACCGGGACUUGGGCAAGCGAGUCAUGGCAGGAGAUAUCUCGCCGGAAAAGUUUGUCAACAUGUCGGACGAGGAACUCAAGAGCGAGGAUCAACGCAAGAUGGAGAUCGAGUUGGAGAAGGAGAACAUGAAGAAGGCACAGGUACCGAUGGCCGAGAAGAGCAUCAGUGACAGCCUGGAAUGCGGCAAGUGUAAGAAGAAGCGCGUCAGCUACACCCAGGCGCAGACACGAAGUGCCGAUGAACCGAUGACGACAUUCUGCGAGUGUAUGAACUGCGGCAAUCGUUGGAAGUUCUCGUAA